GCAGGGGGCUAAGGCAGAAGCAGCAGCGGCUGUUGCAGGUCAGGAAGGGGGGGGAGGGGGGGAGAAGGCACAUGUGCUUUGCAGCCUUCCCCUCCCCUCCCCCCAGCACUCACCUGGAGGAGACACCUAGGGGGCUUCUGGUCCGGUGGGAGACAGGAAUCUCUGCAGUGGACCUCACUCACCUUACCAGCUGCUGGGGCUUCGGUCGGUUCGGCCUCCCUGUCCAGCGUCUGUCAUCUGGUAGGAUCCCUUCUCCUGCAAAGAGGACCCCUCCCACCCUAAAUAAUGAGGAGUCAAUUAAUAAAGGUGAGGAAACUGUUGGAGGAAAAUCCCUAACUCUUCUAUCACUAGGAUGGAUAGAUGCCUGCAGGUGUCUUCAGUGCUUGACAAAGAACAUUUCCAGAUAUGUUGCAGAUAUUAAGCCUUUGCCUCCCAACAUAAAAGAUAAGCUGAUAAAAUUAAUGAGUAUGCAAGGGCGGAUAACUGAUUCAAAUAUCAGUGAGGUGCUGCACCCAGCAGUGGAGACACUAGAUCUUAGAGAUUGUGAUAUUUCAGAUACUGCCCUGCUGCAACUUUGUAAUUGCAAGCAACUGAAAAAAAUUAACUUAAAUUCCUGUAAAGAAAACAGACUAGCCAUCACUUCAGAAGGAGUCAGAGCUCUGGCCUUGUCUUGCCCUUAUUUACGUGAAGCCUCAUUUAAAAGAUGCUGCAAUGUAUCAGACAGCGGAGUUCUGGCUCUGGCGCUCAAUUGCCAUCUUCUACAAAUAGUGAACUUAGGCAGCUGCUCAGGCAUCACCGAUGCAUCCCUGCACGCGCUUGGACAGAACUGCGGAUUUCUACACAGUGUGGAUUUUUCAUCUACUCAGGUGACUGAUAAUGGUGUCAUAGCACUAGUUAGUGGGAUGUGUUCAAAGAAUUUAAAGGAGAUCCACAUGGAACGCUGUGUGACUCUGACAGAUGUAGCUGUGGAAGCUGUCCUUACCUGCUGUCCGGAGAUCUAUAUUCUGCUGUUUCAUGGAUGCCCACUGAUAACAGAUCGUUCCCGAGAAGCCUUGGAGCAAUUAGUUGGACCAAACAAAAUUAAGCAAGUGACAUGGACUGUUUAUUGAUUUUUAUAUAAAGUUCCCGGAUGGUAAAGCAUUUUCAGGAAACAACCAUCUCUGGGGAACAGCUUUCUCUCUGGUAACCACUGUCUUUUGUAAUACCAGAUUCCUUCAUUCUUUGUUUCUACUAGAGCUCUCUGUCAGUAUCCAAGUCCUUUCAUGUCUUAGGUGUGCCUGCCUAAUACCCUGUUAAACGAUAUUUCUUGUAAUUAAAGCAAUGCCUCUCUUUA